AUGUCUGAUUUUGUCAGAAAUGUUCACCAUUGCUAUAUGCCCCUUGCAGCAUACAUCGUUGAUACCCUGGAGGCAUGUAUGCUUGCAGGCGUACGUGGGAAAACCUCCCCAUUUACAAUGGCAUUAUAUCUGGAGUUUGGGGACAAUUUUCGUCACCCCAAAUGUACAUGCUAUAUCACUCUCGGUCAGCUUGCCAAGAUACACGUUGAUCACAAUGACCUCGAAGAUUGGCCGUUUGCUUGCCCCUCGGUCUUUUUAACUCCAGAGGCCCUGCAUCACUGGCAUAAGCAAUUUUUCGAUCAUGACCUUCAGUGGUGCAUUGCGGUUCUUGGAGCUCAGGAACUCGACUUUCGAUUUUCGAUUUUGCAGCCAGUCACGGGCUAUCGUCACUAUUCUGGCGGAAUAACGAAGCUCAAGCAAGUUACAGGCAGAGUCCAUUGUGAUCUACAGCGUUACAUUGUCGGUCUCAUCGUCGGUGCAGCCCCUCGUCAAUUCGUGAUCGCGAUCUGUGCCCUUAUGGACGUCCGGUAUAUGUCACAAUUCCCUUCUCCGGACGACAAUUUAUUGGCAUCUAUUGACCAAUCUCUUUCGACCUUUCAUCAAAACAAAGAUGUUAUCAUGACAUUGGGUGCACGGACCAGUACGAAGAAGACAAUUGACAAUUGGUAUAUACCUAAGCUAGAGCUAAUGCAGAGUAUCACUGCCAGCACAUGUAAAGUUGGAGCCCUCAUCCAGUGGUCUGUGGACACCACUGAACACGCACAUGUGUCCGAAAUCAAGGAACCUGCGCGACAAACCAAUAAUAAUGAUUAUGAUCCUCAGAUUUGCCAUCAUUUAGAUCGACAGGACAAGCUGCGGCGAUUUGCGAUUGCUAUGACGUUGAAGAGUGGUGUCCUUGAUCCAGACCCCGAAGAAUUACCUGUGGAUGAGGGAGACAAUGAAGACAUUGCUGGGUUCGAUGAACCAUCUACUGAUCAACGAACUGCACUCCUGGAGGGACUUAAUCGCACACAUGUCACUACCAACUACUUCAUCAAAGCUAAGGAGGCGGCUACUGUACCUCGUGGACCUAGCCCUCAUCCUCCUCGAACGUUUACCGCUGAUGAUACCGCUAUCCAUCUAAAUUAUAGUCCAACUCGCACUGGAAUGAAAAUUGACGAUGUCGCAGAUGAAUUCAACAUACCGGAUCUUCGUGAUGCUAUUUCAAACUUCUUGUGA